AUGGAUCGUACUGCUUACCCUGAGCCUCCGCGGCUGCUGCGCUCGCAGGACCCUUCGUCGCUGCCCGACUACCUCCGCGAGCUCAAGAACUCCAAGCUUGUCACGCUCUCGUACAUCCCAGCUAGCAAAAAAAAAGCCAGAAAGCAUAUCGAAUCCGGGGUCUCUCAUGACAUCCCCAUCAGCAUACUGUCAAAAAAAACCGGCCCUGCGACCGCGCAGACCUUCGAGUGCGUCCUUUGGCAAUCUGACACAGAAACAGGACUUCAGCAGCCUGUUCCCCAAUCUCGUCCCGGAACUCACGAGCAUCGCGCAAAUCGGCCCCGACUGGGCCUUCCACUCCACCAGGAUCGCAGUGGUGCUCCAGAAUUACGCUUUUUUCUACAACUAUCUCCGCCAAAAAAGGAAGGAGUUGAGAAAUAUGCACAGAAAUAG